GUACGUUGGGCUUACAUCCUCGCUGGCAUUAAGGGGCUCAAGCGAGUCGGGAGCUAAAAUUUCAUAGGUUGGAAGUACGAGGGCUAGAGUAGCUAAUUGUUGUCUGGCUAGCACCCCGAACCCGAGGCCAUGCAUUCUUUCAUUAACCGAUGGAAUAGGCAAUUGAUAGUGGAUUUCGUUGGUAGAGAUGAUGUGUACGUACAUAGUUACAUGGGAUGGAGUCUGCUUGGACUCUUGGAGUGAGGGGACAGGAGUGUGUAAUUGGUCGGCGCCGGUGGGUCUGAUCAUGAUGUUUGCUUGGCAGCGAAGCGUGCUUAGUUGGAAGGAUUGUUGCAUUGAGAUGCUUAUAUCUGGACUUCAUCUUUCAUUCUCUUCUCCAUUCCGUGGCUAAAGUUUUGGAGAUUCUCUGUCUUUAAUAUCUGAUUCAACAUGAAGGAAGGGAGACCAUUCAAGGUGAUCAUCGUCGGGGGCGGAAUCGCUGGACUCACGCUUGCGAACGCACUCGAGCGAGGAAAUAUCGAUUAUGUACUUCUCGAAGCUCGAGGAGAUAUCGCUCCUCAAGUUGGAGCCAGUAUUGGUAUCUUGCCCAAUGGAUCUCGGAUCUUUGAUCAGAUGGGCAUGUAUGAGACGCUGGAACCGUACGCUGUUAGACCGGACGGUGAUAUUGUGUGGGUGAGAGGGAAGAAAAUCAAUACUACUUAUGCGGGGGAUCUGCUCAAGGCUCGAUUUGGAUAUCGACCCCUUUUUAUGGAGCGUGAGAAAGUCUUGCGUAUCAUGUACGAGAAUCUUAGGGAUAAGUCGAAGAUCCAGAUUAAUGCUCGAUGCAAGACUAUUGAGCAUUCUGAGCAAGGUGUCACUGUGAAGUGUGAAGAUGGAAAGGAAUAUAAGGGUGAUGUCGUUGUGGGUGCAGAUGGCGUGCACAGUUUUGUGAGAAGUGAAAUGAGGAGAUAUGCUGAUGCGAAGACCGAGGAGCUGAUGAAGCAAGAUAAGAAGAGUCUAUCAGCCGAGUACACUUGUCUCUUUGGCAUCUCCGAAGCCGUGGAUGGCAUUAAAGAAGGCGAUCUGCACCGCGCAUAUGACAAAGACCUCUCAUUUAUGAUCAUCGGCGGAAUAAACAGGACCUAUUUCUUCGUCUUCAAAAAGCUUGCCAAGAGGUACUUUGCUCCUGAUAUCCCCAAGUAUUCGACAUCAGACGCAGAAAGCUAUGCAAAUAUGUACACGGACUAUGUCGUCGGUGGCACGAAUGGAACCACGAAGUUUGGAGAUAUUUGGGCGAAGAGGAGAACUUCCAAUCUUGUACCAACAGAGGAAGCACAUAAUGAGGCCUGGACAUUCGGACGCUUUGCUUGUGUGGGUGACUCGAUUCAUAAGAUGACACCCAAUGCCGGCGCAGGAGGGAACGCGAGUGUAGAGAGUGCAGGGGCUCUAGCCAACUGUAUCUACGACCUCGUCCACACCGACAAGUACGAGAAAAUGGACUAUGCAUCCGUCGAAAAAGCACUGAAGAGCUUCCACGAUGUCCGAAAAGACCGCAUGACGUAUAUCACUCAAGAAGCAAACGAUUUUACUCGCAUCGAAGCAAUGGCCACUAUGAAGGACAAGUUUCUGGCUCUGUAUGUUAUGCCGAACGCAGCGGACUUUCUGGUUGAUAGUUGGGCAGCAACUAUGGUGGGAGCUGUCAAACUCGACUUCUUGCCGAGGCCGAAACGCAGUAUUGGGAACAGCAUGCCGUUCCAUCCGAAACGAGGUUAUGGGCAAGGCGAAAAGAUGCUAAAAAGAGCUAUGUUUGCUUUGCCAUUACUCGUCGUUUACUGGAUGGGAAGCACUUUGAUGGGCGAUUGCCAGACGAAGAUGAUGCCUUUUCUGGAGGCUGUUACUGCGAAGCCGUGGGUUGAAGAUGUUACUGGACGAGUCCCAGUAAAAGAGGUAUAUACUGGUAUCAAAGGGCUCGAUGAUGUUGUCAAACUUUAUGUCGCCGCGUUUACCCCUAGCAUCGCUGGCUUGGACCACACUCUUACUACUGGUAGUCUUCGACAUUCGGUCGGGACUAUUAACCUCUACGCGCCGCAGCGAUUACAGAUAUUGACUUUCUUCACGGAUAUCACUGCUGUCACCACAAUAUGGUUGAUCGAAAGCUGUCGACGAGCUAACUUCUUCACCUUCACCACUAUCCCACUGUUCUUCAUGAUCUAUGCGCAACUAGCCGGCAUUGGUGUUGUAGCCCCAAUAUUUUACUUCCUCCACUACAUCAUGACCCCAGCUUCCAAAUUUCAUACUAGCGACAACCGCCUCGUACAAGUGUCAUACGCAAAGACUGUACUUCCAGCCAUCAUCAUCGGGUACUGUAUCCCGACGGCGGCAACGUACUGGCCUACCUCUUCGCUUUCAACGCUUCAGUCCUGGAAUUAUGUCUGGCAAUUCUUCCCCGUCCUAAUCGUGGGAUUUCAUGGCCUAUUUGCGAGAUGCGUCAAGGAUACCACCGAUGUUGAUAAGUACAAGAACGUAAAGGCAGAUCUACCCUACCUUCGCUCGGCGUAUAUUUUCUCCGCCAUCGUGUCAGCCGGCAUGUAUUGGUACGUGUAUGCCGUAACGCCUAUUCCGUUCUUGGAUAUCUUCUUCAAGGACCUUGCAGACUCUAGACGAGCAAUGCAUACCUUGACCGAAAUCAUAGGCACAAUGCUGAAGUUCGAUGAGAUAUUCUGCUUCUUGAGUUCGGCGGUCUGGACCUUGCUUUGUUUCAGAGACUUGAAGAGCGAGAGAAGAUUGAAGACAAGUUGGUUCAAUGUUCUUGGUGCGAUGGCGUUGAGUACAGUUCUUCUUGGACCAGGCGCGAGCUUUGCGUUGAUGUGGUGGUGGAGAGAAGAAAUUCUAGCGAGGAAGAUGGAUGAAGAUGAAUAAGAGUUCAUGGGGUAAGCGAGAUAUUUGGUAAGGAGAGGCUCUGAGACAUGGCCCUUACGUGAGCCUGGAGAUCUGUUGCAAUGAUGAUACUGGGGAAUUGCCUUGAUUCAUUAAGAGGUGAUGAACCCCUGCUAUAUAUAAUGUUACCCUAUGGUACUGACAUCAUGAAUCAUAUGUACGCAUCAUAAUGAUACGUAGAUUAGGAUGGGUGCAUGAUAUCACGACUACUUUAGUACGGUGUCAUGAUGUAGCCUUCCACCCUGAUAUGUUGACUUAUGGUAUGCUAUGCUCUAGCUUACCAUGAGCAUUUAAAAGUGAUUUCCAACAAGAUCGGUGUUUAGAUAUGUUGACUAGACU